AUGACUAACCUUGAAUAAAUUAAACAUUUAUAUUGGCAUGGGAACUUUGGAUAGAAUAAUAAGAGGGUUGGAUAUUGGAUGGCUACAUGGGAUGGAGAGGCUUUGAGAAAUGUUGGAGGACAUUACAAUGAUGAUGGUAGAAAGUAGGGUAAUUGGGUAGAGAUAGUAUCAAGAUUUUGUGCUUAGUGUAUUUUGACUAUUUAAUAUUACAGCUUACGUUUAUGAAAUAGGAGAAUAUGAGAAUGGCUAAAGAACGGGAAGAUGGAAAUAUGUCUAUUAAAAUAAAAAGAUGUAAUAAUAAUUCUCAAUUAAAGUGGUGGGGGUGAGUAUAGUUAAUAUUGUGAAAAAUAUGGGCGUUGGAAAGAACUAUAGAAUAGAUUUCAGAGUUGUUCUUAAGUCUUUUAUUAUGGAGAGUAUAAAAAUUGUAAGAAAUUUGGUAGAUAGAACAUUUAGUGGACAAACCUUGUAAUAAUAAACUAGAAUAAAUGUAAAAUCAUUAGUUAAAGUUGAAAAAUAGCGGUUACCAAUCAUAUGAUGAAUAAGGCAAAGGUAUAUAAGUAGGUAUGUGGAUCGAGUUGUCAGAUGAAUUUUAUGUUAAUUCUUAAGUAACAUAUAAUGGUGAAUAUAAAAAUGGGAAAAAAGUUGGUAGGUGGGAAAUUAUGUUUAGGGAGCAUUCAAAUUGUCCAUUUUAUUUAAUGUAAAUUAUAAUAUACUUAAUUAUAUUCAGAGGGGGUGGAUCAUAUGAUGAACGAGGGGAAGGGGUUAAAAUAGGCCAAUGGAUUGAGUUAUUUGAUGGAUUUAAUAAUGAUUCCUAAGUCACAUAUAGUGGGCACUAUAAAAAUGGGAAAAAAGUUGGCAGAUGGGAUGCUAAGUUUAGGGAACAUUCAAAUUAUCCAUUUUAAUUAAUGUAAAAUUAUCAUGUGCAUAAUUAUAUUUAGUGGGGGCGGAUCAUAUUAUUUAAUAAGUGAGGGAAUUAAGCUUGGUAGAUGGAUUGAGCUUUCAGAUGGAUUUUAUAAUCAUUCUUAAGCCACAUAUGUUGGUGAAUAUACAAAUGGUAAAAAGGUUGGUAGAUGGGAUAUUAUGUUUAGGGAGCAUUCAAAUUGUCCAUUUCAAUUGAUGUAAAUUAAUAUUCUUAUAAUUUUGUAAAGUGGUGGAGGUUCAUUUGAUCAUAAAUGUAAUCAAAUUAAGUAGGGUACAUGGAUCGAGCUUUCAGAUGAUUUUUAGAAUGAAUCUCCAGUUGUUUAUGCUGGUCAAUAUUAAAAUGGUAAAAAGGUAGAUAGAUGGGAGAUUUUAUUAUUGGAUUUUAGGACCCAAAAAAGUAGCUGCAUGUAAAAAGUUUAUAAAGAUUUUGUAAUUUAAAAUAUAUAGUGGUGGUGGUUCAUUUGAUAAGCAUGAAUUUCCGUUAAAAUAGGGUAAAUGGAUUGACCUGUCAGACGGAUUUUCUAAUGAUUUUUAAGUAACAAAUAUAGGUGAAUAUAAAAAUGGGAAAAAAAUAGGUAGAUGGAAUAUUAUNAGAGGGUUGGAUAUUGGAUGGCUACAUGGGAUGGAGAGGCUUUGAGAAAUGUUGGAGGACAUUACAAUGAUGAUGGUAGAAAGUAGGGUAAUUGGGUAGAGAUAGUAUCAAGAUUUUGUGCUUAGUGUAUUUUGACUAUUUAAUAUUACAGCUUACGUUUAUGAAAUAGGAGAAUAUGAGAAUGGCUAAAGAACGGGAAGAUGGAAAUAUGUUUAUUAAAAUAAAAAGAUGUAAUAAUAAUUCUCAAUUAAAGUGGUGGGGGUUUAUAUAGUUAAUAAGGUGAAAAAUAUGGGCAUUGGAAAGAACUAUAGAAUAGAUUUCAGAAUUGUUCUUAAGUCUUUUAUUAUGGAGAGUAUAAAAAUUGUAAGAAAUUUGGUAGAUGGAACAUUUAGUGGACAAACCCUUGUAAUAAUAAACCAGAAUAAAUGUAAAAUCAUUAUUUAAAGUUGAAAAUUAGCGGUUACCAAUCAUAUGAUGAAUAAGGCAAUGGUAUAUAAGUAGGUAUUUGGAUCGAGUUGUCAGAUGAAUUUAAUGUUAAUUCUUAAGUAACAUAUAAUGGUGAAUAUAAAAAUGGGAAAAAAGUUGGUAGGUGGGAAAUUAUGUUUAGGGAGCAUUCAAAUUGUCCAUUUUAUUUAAUGUAAAUUAUAAUAUACUUAAUUAUAUUCAGAGGGGGUGGAUCAUAUGAUGAACGAGGGGAAGGGGUUAAAAUAGGCCAAUGGAUUGAGUUAUUUGAUGGAUUUAAUAAUGAUUCCUAAGUCACAUAUAGUGGGCACUAUAAAAAUGGGAAAAAAGUUGGCAGAUGGGAUGCUAAGUUUAGGGAACAUUCAAAUUAUCCAUUUUAAUUAAUGUAAAAUUAUCAUGUGCAUAAUUAUAUUUAGUGGGGGCGGAUCAUAUUAUUUAAUAAGUGAGGGAAUUAAGCUUGGUAGAUGGAUUGAGCUUUCAGAUGGAUUUUAUAAUCAUUCUUAAGCCACAUAUGUUGGUGAAUAUACAAAUGGUAAAAAGGUUGGUAGAUGGGAUAUUAUGUUUAGAGAGCAUUCAAAUUGUCCAUUUCAAUUGAUGUAAAUUAAUAUUCUUAUAAUUUUGUAAAGUAGUGGAGGAUCAUUUGAUCAUGAAUGUAAUCAAAUUAGGUAGGGUACAUGGAUCGAGCUUUCAGAUGAUUUUUAGAAUAAAUCUCCAGUAGUUUAUGCUGGUCAAUAUUAAAAUGGUAAAAAGGUAGAUAGAUGGGAGAUUUUGUUGUUGGAUUUUAGGACCCAAAAAAGUAGCUGUAUUUAAAAAGCUUAUAAAGAUUUUGUAAUUUAAAAUAUUUAGUGGUGGUUCAUUUGAU